GCUGGAAAAAGUUCAGCUUCGGCCGUUCGAGAAUGCGCAGAGUGGAAGAGCUGUCUCUGCACACUUUCGACAAGAAACUGCAACAAUGGGUGUCGGACGUCGCAUGGGAAAGAAACAGGGCGCUCCUGAGCCUCUAGAUGAGGCAUUGAUCACGAGGAAGCGCAAGUCUGCCGCACCUGCGAAGGGAGCCAUCAAGAAGCAAAAAGUCGUCGAGCAGAAGCCUGCAAAGCCUACGAAGCAAGCAACGACAAAUGGCCAUAAGCAGGCACCUGCUGCGAAGCCAGCGAAGGUGAAGAAGUCCAAGAAAACUGCUCCCACGCCGCCCGAAUCAGAUGCAGACGACGAUGUGGAAGACCUGAAUAGCGAUGUGCUGGAAGACGAGGCUGGUGGGAUGGCGGAAGAUCUGGACUUCGACGACGACUCCUUCGGCAGCGACGCGGACGACUUUGCCGAUGCGCCUAGCGAUGACGACGAUGUGGAGCUGUCGGACAGCGAGAUGCCCAAGAGCAAGAUGUGGUCGGACGAUGAGGACUCAGAUGCGGAAGAGACGUUGACAGCGGCGAAUAUUGCUGGACUGUCUCGAAAGCUGGACGAACAAAGAGCACAGGAAGCAGCGGAGGCAGAAGAGGAGUUGCAGGAUGAUGCGCUUCAGACGAACAUUGCUGCGGCAGAUCUGUCAGACGACGAGGAUGGGCCAGGCGCUGGUCUCGCGCCAGAUUUACAAUUGCUCCGCACGAGGAUCACAGAGAUUGUACGUGUCUUGACUAACUUCAAGGAACUGGGCGAGCCCGGCAAGAGCAGAGCAGAAUACACACAGUCGCUGCUUAAGGACAUCUGCACGUACUACGGCUAUUCGCCUUUCCUGGCGGAGAAGCUCUUCUCCCUCUUCCCGCCACAAGAAGCACUGCAGUUCUUCGACGCAAACGAGACGCCACGUCCGAUGGUCAUUCGCACGAACACACUCCGAACACAUCGACGAGACCUCGCGCACUCUUUGAUCAAUCGAGGUGUAACUCUGGAGCCAGUCGGGAAAUGGUCCAAGGUCGGUCUGCAGAUCUUCGAAUCGCAGGUGCCACUGGGAGCCACGCCCGAAUAUCUCGCUGGUCAUUACAUCCUUCAGGCCGCUUCCUCUUUCCUGCCUGUCAUGGCAUUGGCACCGCAAGAGCACGAACGAGUUCUGGACAUGGCAGCUGCUCCCGGAGGAAAGACUACACAUCUAGCAGCAUUGAUGCGGAAUACUGGUGUCAUCUUCUCGAACGAUUCCAAUAAAGAUCGUGCAAAGGGUCUCAUUGGUAACAUUCACAGACUGGGUGUGAAGAACACGGUCGUCUGCAAUUAUUCAGCUCUGGAGUUUCCAAAAGUCAUGGGUGGUUUUGACCGUGUCCUGCUGGAUGCGCCUUGCUCCGGUACUGGAGUCAUUGCCAAGGAUGCGAGUGUGAAGACGAACAAGACUGAGGCAGAUUUCCUCCGACUGCCUCAUCUCCAGAAGCAGCUUCUGCUUGCUGCUGUAGACUCUGUUGAUCACGCAUCGAAGACGGGAGGCUACAUUGUCUAUUCGACGUGCUCAGUCACAGUCGAAGAGAACGAGCAGGUCGUGCAAUACGUUCUUAACAAGCGACCCAACGUCAAGCUUGUGCCCACAGGCCUGGUAUUCGGCAAGGAGGGAUUCACGAAAUUCCAGUCAAAGCGCUUCCAUCCGAGCAUGAAGGAGACGCGGCGAUAUUACCCGCAUGCUUACAACGUGGAUGGUUUCUUCGUUGCCAAGUUCAAGAAGAUCGCGGUGACACCACUCAAUGCUGUGAGGGCGCAAGGCAGUGCCGAAGAAAAGAAGCAACAAGUUAACGGAGGCGCGCAAGAGGAAGAAAUCGUGGAGGACGAAGACAUCGUUGAUGACGAGAAGCAAAAUGGCGAAGGCGACGACUUUGGCGGCUUCGACAGUGAAGAAGACAACAAGAUCAUCGAGAGAGCACAGCGGAAGACAUUGAAAAAGAAGGGCAUAAAUCCCAAGGCGUCCAAGAGCAAAGCAGUGAAAUCGCUGUUGAAAAAGUAAUCGGUCUGG